CACGGUGAUUAGUUUCCACAAGAUUUCAUUGCAAGAGAGAAGACAAUGAGGAGUUCACUUGCUUAUUUUUUUGUUGCAUUGUACUUUAUUUCUGGCAGUAUUGGAAAAAAAGGAUUUGGUCCUGGGGAACAAGAAUGGAAUUACGUUGAAGUGCGUCCUAAGGCGUUCAUGUUCUGGUGGCUUUAUUAUACCACGGCAAACGUUAAUUCAUAUUACGAUAAACCUUUACUCAUAUGGUUGCAAGGUGGACCAGGCGGUUCUUCAACAAGUUUUGGAAAUUUCGAGGAAUUGGGGCCUCUUGAUGUAAAUUUAAAUUCGAGGAAUUUUACUUGGGUUAAGGACUAUAAUGUUCUCUUCAUUGAUAACCCUGUUGGCACUGGCUUCAGUUACGUUGAAAUCGACACUGCAUUCACGAGGACAAACGAACAGAUUGCAAAGGAUCUUGUAGAAUGUAUGCGAGGUUUCUACAACGAAUUACCACAAUUCGAGGAUGUUCCGACGUACAUCACGACAGAAUCUUACGGUGGAAAAAUGGGCGCAGAGUUUGCAUUACUCUGGGAUGAAGCUCAAAAAAGUGGCACUAUCAGAAGUAAUCUAAAAGGAGUUGCACUUGGGGAUGCCUGGAUUUCUCCUAUUGAUUCUGUAUUGACAUGGGCACCAUAUUUACUCAGCUGGGGUAUGGUUGAUACAAAAGGUUUCAAAAACAUUGAUGCUGCAGCACAAAGAACAAGAAGGAAAGUCGAUUAUGGCAGCUGGGCUGCAGCAACUACUGCAUGGGCUGAUACACAAGGAGUCGUUUUCCAGGAGACCUACAAUGUUGACUUUUAUAAUGUUCUUACAAAGCUGAGUCCAUCCUCUCAAAGAGAUUUGAAUUCGUCGACGAGGGAUGCGUGGUUUUUAUCUAGAGGCACCAUGUAUCCAUAUCUCGACCAAUCUGAGGCUUUUUCACUCGAAAGUUUAAUGAACGGCCCAGUAAGGAUAGCGCUUGGUGUCGAUGCCAUUCACGGCAGUCAAUCCGGCAAAGUUUUCACGUAUUUACGUGGAGAUUUUAUGAAGCCUGUUAUACACAUAGUGGAAAGACUACUUAAUGAAACCAAGUUGAACGUAUUUGUGUACAAUGGACAAUUGGAUUUAAUUGUUGAUACACCAGGCACCCAACUCUGGCUCGAUAAACUAAAAUGGAAAAACGCUGACAUCUGGAAAAACUCAGUUAAGCGUCCGAUCCUCAUCGAAGACAUUAUCGAAGGUUAUUUAAAGGUUCAAGAUAAUUUCAGGAUGUAUUGGGUGAACAGAGCUGGACAUAUGGUACCAAGGGAUCAUCCGGCAGUUCAGGACAUAAUACUACGGGAUUUGAUAAGCAAUGCAAACAAGUGAAGAAAAGUGAAUUAAAUCUGACACUUUCACUUAUACUUAAAUAAGUGUAAUUUAUAUAAUGCUCUUCAAUCCUUUCUAUAAAUUUUUUAAAAUAAGAAAAAAUUAAUGAUUA